UUUUUUUGGUGUGUGUGUUUAAAUGUAUAACUUCAUGGGGCUGAACAGCACGGCCGUAGCUAUUCAGCCCAAUGUGUCCUGCACAUGCAACUGCAAAAGGUCUUUGUUCCAGAGCAUGGAGAUCAGCACUGAAUGUUUAGGUCGCACCUUUCCAGGUAAACUGGCGGAGCUGGAGUUUGUACAGAUAAUCAUAAUCGUGGUGGUGAUGAUGGUGAUGGUGGUGGUGAUCACGUGCCUGCUGAACCACUACAAGCUCUCGGCGCGCUCCUUCAUCAGCCGGCACAGCCAGGGCAGGCGGCGGGACGAGAACCUCUCCUCAGAGGGAAGCCUGUGGCCUUCGGAAAGCACCGUGUCGGGGACCGGCAUCGCCGAGCAGCACAUCUACACCCCGCGGGCCAGCGAGCGCCUGCCCGUGCCCUCCUUCCUGCAGAGGGACCGCUUCAGCCGCUUCCAGCCCACCUACCCGUACCUGCAGCACGAGAUCGACCUGCCGCCCACCAUCUCGCUGUCGGACGGCGAGGAGCCGCCGCCCUACCAGGGACCCUGCACGCUGCAGCUGCGCGACCCCGAGCAGCAGAUGGAGCUCAACAGGGAGUCCGUGCGGGCGCCCCCCAACAGAACCAUCUUCGACAGUGACUUGAUAGAUAACUCGGUGUUCGGGGGGCCGUGCCCCCCCAGCAGUAACUCUGGCAUCAGCGCCACCUGCUACGGCAGCAGCGGCAGGAUGGAGGGGCCGCCGCCCACCUACAGCGAGGUGAUCGGGCACUACCCCGGCUCCACCUUCUACCAGCACCAGCAGAACAACAGCGGGGUGCCCCCCAUGCUGGAGGGCAGCAGACUCCAUCCCGCACAGAUCAAUGGCCUUGAGAGCACAACCACCACCGCCGCCACCACGACGGCGUGGAACAAAGAGAAGGAGAAACAAAAAGGGCACCCCUUUUAA